GUUUCCUCGGUGGAGAAACGUGGUUCGUCUCGGCAGCUGCGCGGUGUGUCGGUGUCGUUCUUUAGUCAUAUUACCGCACUGUGUUUGACUUAUUUUAACAAUGACGGAGGGCAAGAAGUCCUCGAAGUCGAGCCAGAAGCUGCUCGCCCUGAACCCUAGUGAGGACGCCGAGUUCCAGAAGAAAGUGCAGCAAGUGAAGAAGAAGGAAAGCCGUCCCGCCUCGACCCUGAAGCCAGGAGUGGUGUAUGUGGGCCACCUUCCCCAAACCUUGGCUGAACCGCAGCUCGAAGCUUAUUUCUCACAGUUUGGCAAAGUAAACCGGUUAAGACUGUCCAGAAGUAAAAAGACUGGCCGAGGUAAAGGUUAUGCCUUUGUGGAAUUUGACUGUGAUGAGGUAGCCACGAUUGUGGCUGAGACCAUGAACAACUACCUUAUGGGAGAGAGGCUGAUCAAAUGUGAAGUGGUUCCUCCUGAGAAGGUUCAUGAAAAGCUCUUUGUUGGUUCUCGGAAGAUGUUUUCAAAGCCCAAGCGGCCUGCGGUCACUCGUUAUAAUAGAGAUCAUGACCCAGAACAGAUGAAGACACUUACUGGAAGGCUUCUACGCAAAGAAAACAAGCUUCGAAAGAGACUGGCAGAUAAAGGCAUCGACUACGAUUUUCCAGGCUUUGCAGCUCAGGUUCCAGCAAAGAAAGCUCAGCCAAGUGCUGACACAUCAGUCUGCAGUGAGGACACCACACCUGUGUGCACCCCUUCAGUCCUGGAGAAGAGACGGUCAAUGAAAGUAGAUGACGAUGAUGAUGAGGUUAUCAUCAAAAUGCAGCCUAUAUCAGACAACAGUGAAGACGAUGAAGAUUGUGAAGACACUGUGGAGGAGAAAGAAUCGGAGGAUGAAGAAUAACAGCCAGAAAAAUACAAAGGAUCACAUGGUGUGAAGGCUUGAACCUCCUGAGCUACAGAGUCUUGAUUUUGUAUAUAGAACUUUCUCAGUUCAUCGGGCAGAUGUACAGGAGAGAAACACACGGCUGAUGGCCUCGUUGUUCUAACCUGAGGAACUGUUUCAGCAUUUGUGUUUAAUUGAAACAUUUUUAUGUGGAUGUUUUAUCUGUGGCCAUGUCUUGACUGUGGUUUAGCAUGUCAGUUGCUUUGUUAAAGCAGACAAGCAGACUUUGAACAUGUCAGAUUAACCAUAGAACCAUACAGAAAACUGUACGUACCACCUGUUUAAAAGGGGGUGUUUUUUUUUUUGUUUUGUUUUCUCCCCCCUUCCCCUGAAGCGGUGUUGAUGCUUUACAGCAGAGGAAAGUGUGGAGCAAACACCAGUGCUACACAACAGUACCUGCUAGAAAACAGAAGAAAUAAGUUGUGGCUGGGUGUCGGAUGGGUAAUAUAUGAUGUGAUAAAUUGUCAUAUGCUUUCCUGAGCAUAUCAUGGAUAGCUUCAGGUUGUUGCACAUAACCACAUGGAACAACCAUCAUAAAGCAUAAUGUAUAUUGGUUUCAAUAUGUGGACAAAUAAAGAAAACUCUUGUACCUAAA